AUGCAUAGCUUCCAGUUUAAGACGGAUCUUUGUACUCAUCCAUGCGCCACAUCAGAAUGUCUUCGCCUCGCUUUUUUAUGCAGUAGUGCCUUUGCCAGCGUCGCUGUGGAGGCUUCAGGUGGCAGUUUAUUGGCCAGUGGCCAUGAGGAUGCCACAGUCUCGCUAUUUGACCUCCGCACAGCACGCUACAUCAACGCUUACCGACCGCACUCGGGCGAGUGCCGGUCUGUCCGAUUUGCUCCUUCCGCUUACUACUUGCUCUCGGCCAGUUACGAUCGCAAAGUUGUGCUAACUGAUUUCCAUGGUGAGGUUUUUUGUAAUAAUAAAGGAGUAAAAUCCUUACUUACUAUAGCUACAAGGCACGGAAUUACGUAA